AUGGGCAACCUAGGUGACUUGUCACCGCAGGGGAGCGUCGCGGUUGGGGUACUGGUCGGGCUGGUCUCGACUAGCCUGCAAGCCAUUGGACUGACGCUCCAGCGCAAGUCGCAUCUGGUCGAGGACGGAAAGGACCCAUACGAUGUGCGCCGGCCACCCUACAAGCGCAGACGAUGGCAACUGGGCAUGGCCAUGUUUGUCAUCUCCAAUAUUGUGGGGAGCACUAUUCAAAUUACUACCCUCCCGCUUCCCGUUCUCUCCACGCUCCAAGCAUCUGGACUGGUGUUCAACACGAUAUUUGCUACCCUCAUCCUUGGUGAACCUUUCACUCGAUACUCUUUUGCGGGCACGGUCUUGGUAUGCAUUGGCGCCAUGUUGAUCGCAACAUUCGGCGCCAUCGGGGAGCCGGCUCAUACCCUGAAUCAACUGUUGGAUCUCCUGCAGCGUCGUCCGUUCGUGCUGUGGAUAAGUGGCACCGUUGUGGUGGUGGCAGCCAUUCUGGUGGGCUCGAAAUUGCUCAAGUACUGUCUGCCGUCGUCCCGGGCGAAACACCCAGUCCCCGCCGGCCAUUUUACACCGCACCUGCUGCGUCUCCAAAGCCGUGUGAAGCUCAUACAGGGCAUGUGCUAUGGCUCGGUCAGCGGAAUCCUGUCGGCUCACUCGCUGCUGCUGGCCAAGUCGGCAGUGGAGUUGCUGGUGCGCACCGUGGUAGAUCGUGUGAACCAAUUCAAUCAUUGGCAGUCAUGGGUAAUUCUGCUCGGCAUGAUAUUCCUGGCGCUGACCCAGUUGUUUUACUUACAUGGCGGGUUGAAACUGUGCAGUACCAGCGUCUUGUAUCCGUUCGUGUUCUGUAUUUACAACAUCAUCGCCAUCUUAGACGGGCUGAUCUACUUCCGACAAAUGUCGCAACUGACAGGCCUUCACGCAGGCCUUAUUGCCCUGGGGACUGUGAUCCUCCUUGGUGGCGUGCUGUGUCUGUCCUGGCGGCUGGAAGACAUCGAUAAUCAUGCCGCCGUCACCGUCGUGGGACCUACGCAGACCACCCUGGGACCAGGCAUGGCGGUCGUCGAAGAACAUUCGCCGGCGUCGCCCCCGCUGCUGGAUGGCAUGGACGAUGAAGAGGCUCAAGUGAGCGAAUGGGAACCGCUCCUGUGCGGCACCGCGCGGCCUCGGCGGCUCUCCUCUUACCAGCGUGCGCGUGCCCCCAGUCUCCCGCUCAUUCCACCGCUGGACCACCGCAACUCAGUGGAUUUAAACCCAGCGUCUAUCUGGGCCGAGCUCGACGAGUCGGACAGUGACGACGCAGAUGCACGAAUACGCUCUUCUAUCGACCGGCCGCGCAGUAUCAGUGGAAGCGCAACCCUCAAUGGGCCCCUGCGUGGGCUGGGACGGCACUCGACCAUUGGUCCCAUCGCACACGAUCGAGGUCGAGGUACUCGGCGAGGUCUGCCACCAGGGAAAGACACUCGCUGGCGUCGCAUAUCAGCACCCUUUGCAGGACUUGCGGCUGGGUCACGCCAACGACGGGGUCUUUGGGACCCAGUGUCGUCUUCGCCCGGCACCCGAGAUAUUGGCGGGUACGGCACCAUCCAAGCGAACGAGCACAACCAGCGCCGGCGAGACCACGCCCCUUGCCCUCAGGACACCGAGCCAGGCCUCCUCGCGGGCUCGCGGAGGACUCUGGCCGAUGCUUGGCAAUAUGGACGAGAGUAUUUGAGUCGAUGGACCAGCCCGCGGGCGGGCAGCCACAUCGAGGCCGCAGCCGAGGAUAAUUCCUCUUCCUCUCUGUUACCGCGAAUCUGGACGCGACGUACACGCGGGCAUUCAAAUUCCGAGACCCCACGGGGACCGACAUCACCCUAG